AUGUAAAAAUCACCACAAUAAUUUUAUGAAAUCAUUAUCAAUGAAAUUUCGACAGUAGAUUAGAUAUACAGUGCAAUAUUUGAAUUGAGAACAAUAAAUAAUAUGGAAGCAAUAUAAUUAUUGAAAUAGGGAUUUAAUUAUUUAAAUAAGGUAGAAAAUAAAUCAUGUUUAUUAUUACAUGAGAUUGCUUAUGCAUUAGGAUAAGCAGAUUUAAGUUUGGAAUCUUAGAUUACUUAAUUCUUAAUAGAUGUAAUUAAAGAUGAAACUUAAUAUGAUGUAGUAAGACAUGAGGCAGCAGAAGCAUUAGCAAAUAUUAAUUAAAAAGAAGCUUUAGAGAUAUUUGAAUAAUAUUCUAAAAAGAAUGUUAAUGAUAAUUUAAAUAUCUUAUAAGAUACUUGUAUUAUUGGUUUAGAGAAGGCAAAAACAAUUUAAGAACUUGGAUUUUUAUAUGGAAAAAUGUAUUUAGGAACAAGAGAACCAGCUGCUCCUUUUUAAGAAUUAGAUAGAAAUCCAGUUGAAUACAUAUUAGAUGAUAAUACUACAUUAUUUAAUAAAUAUAGAGCAUUAUAUUAUUUAAGAAAUAAUGCUAAUAAAUAUUUUGAUUAAAUAGAUUAAUUAUUAAUAAGUAAUAAACUUGGAGCUUUAUUUAAACAUGAAGUAAUUACUAAUUUAAUUCUAGAUUUGUUUUGUUAUUGGUUAAGUUGGUGAAGCUCCAAAAUAAAUUCAUGAAGCAUUAAUUAAUAUGAUAAAAGAUGAAAAUUAACCAGCUAUAGCUCGUCAUGAAGCUAUUGCUGCUUUUUAAACAGUUAAUUCAAAUAAAGAAAUUACUCUUCAAAUUUUAAAUUAAUAUUCAAAGAGUUAAGAUUAAAUAGUUAGAGAAACUGCCUUAGUAUCAUUAAAAAUGAUAGAAUUCUAUGGUUGA